AACAGAAGGCUAUUUAUUCGGAAACGCUUCGCGACAACAACAACACAAUCGUUUCGUCAGAACUGCAGGAAGGUCGUGCAGUAAUCUUCCCUGCAAACGCGAGUGCUCUUUCCAAAGUGGUCCGCGCCCCGGUCGGACAGUUUGUUUAUUAUUUCUCCCUUUGGGGGUUGGCGUGUGCGUAUUGGUGCGGUGUUGCUGUGUACGUAGUGGCGCAGUAGUUAAUUCAAUUCUACUGCCCUGCAGUGUUGGAGGAAAAGAAACACAAUUUGUGCAGUGCUAACAAGUAGAGGGCGAUAGAGAGUGCCAAAGGAAGCACGUACGAAUGCAAUAAUACCGAUUAAUCAGUGUAUUGCGAUCUAGUAAAGCCUUUUCGAAACCCGCAAAAAGGGGGUGCAAGAAUGCGUCCCAUUCUGCAGCUAGGGCUGCUGGUGGUGGCGUUGCUGGCAGCGGCUGCGACGGUGACCCGCGCCGAGGAGCAACCGAACCCCGUCACUGAAGCUGAAGUGACCUCGAACAGCAACGGCCCCACGGAGGAACCGGAGGAGGAAGUACAGAGCCGUUUGACCACCGGGCUACGUUUGGAGCAUGAGCUAGUGAAAGAACAGGCCGAUGCUCCUUCGACGGUCAACGGAAGCAGCGAGGGAGGCAUUGUGGCGAUCCAUGUCGAUGCGGUCGGCGGCAAGGAACAGCUGCGCCCGACGCUGCGCGGUCUGUCCUACCUGGCGACCAGCUUCCUGCCACGCGACUUCAAGUUCGUGGAGAUUGUGUCGGCAUCGCGCGAAGUGGUGGCCGGCGUGCGGUACGAGCUGCUCGCCACUGCCGAAGAUGAAACCACCGGCCAGCGGCAUCUCUGCCAGCUGGUGAUCCUCGAAAAGCCCUGGAUCACGAACGAGUACGGCGAAAAGUAUCGCACACUGGAGUACACCAACUGCACCCUGCCGUCGACACAUCCGGCAAUGGCAGAGACGGCGACCCGGCUAAAUGAGGCGUUCGAUGCGAAUCUGCGCCAGAAAGAAGAGCUGACCCCGCAACGGAUCGAAGAGCUCGAGCAGCAAAUUGUAGUGGAAAAGGGCGAUAUGUCCACCACGCCGGAAACGCAAGACUCACCGGUAACGGGUAGUUCCAGUAGCCUGCCCGAUGCGGCGACCACCACUGAGGAGGGAUUAAGUGAGGCGGCCAAAAGUGCGAUUGAUGAACUGUUCAGUUUCGCUAGUGCCGGUUCACUGCAAAGUGCGAACCGUGAUCGAUCAGAUCAGGGAGCAGCAGCAGCAGGUGCUGAAGUGGUAGAGGAACCGAUGGUACGAAAAGUGGUUGCCAAAGAACGCUCGGAACCGGAACCAACGACGGAAGCAACGACGACGAGCAGCACAACGAUUGCACCGCUCGACCAGCAGGUACAAUCGACGUUCGAUGAGGUAUUCAAAGCGCACCAGGAAAUUCAGAAAGCGCUCGACGACAUCAUUGCGAACGGUGGUGGCCGCGAUGUGCAGCUCAAGUACCGCCCGGUGCUAGAUUCGUUGCUGCAGAGGGUUAAGGCCAGCAUCGACAGCUACUACCGCACCACGAACGGUGGUGACGCGAACGUUGAUACGGCCGCAUUCGUUGUGCGCGACAACACGAAUGUGACGCCCAAUGGGGGCAGACCGCCGGCACGUAUCGUUCCGUCUUCAGCCUCCCGAAACGAGGAUCAAUCCUCACAGGAAAGUGAUGAAGGUCAGCAGCAGCAGCGACAGCAAUUGCCGGAUGUGAAUCUGCAGCCCCCGAGGGCUAAUGCACCGACGGCGGCGGCGACGUACGGUGCCGAUUCGGACGAGGAUGAAAACGAUCAACAGAUCGUCACCAAAGAGCAGCUCGCCCAGGAGCUUAACAACGAGGAAGGUCUGCAGCGUGUGAAGAAGCACACGGAAGGUAAGCCCGAAGAGGACACGGCUGUUGAUAGUACGACGGUGAGCGAUGCGGAUACUGCUGCCGUUGGAGAUACUACCAUAUCUGCGGUGAAGAACAGUACGCCAGAGGCUACAACUCCUGUCGCCGUACCGUCCAGUACUUCCACAGCGGCAAAUAGAGUUGCAACGUCAUCCUCGUCCUCGUCGAAGGAAAGUGACGAAUCAAAAAAGCCUAAAAGAACUAAAACGAAGAAAACAGCAAGCGAUUCAUCGGAUGAUACCGACGAGGAGGAGAACGACACCAUGGGCGUGAAACUAUCGAAGGAGCAACUCACGCGACAGCUAAACGCCGAUGAGGGGGGACAGCGCCGUGACAAGCGAGACUUUUCGGGCGGGUUUGCCGACGGAAGCUUUGGCGACUUUUCUGGUGGCAGCUUUGGCGGCGGUUCGUAUAGCGACGGUGGCCACUAUGGUGGAGGUGGUGGAUACCUCGGUGGUGGCUCCUACCAUGGCAGCUAUUACAUUGGUGGGUACAAUCCGUAUCGCAGAAAAUACUAUCGCCCUUCGCCGUACUAUUACGGAGGUUACAGAGGGAAGCGCGACGUUGCAGCGGUGGACGAUUUUCCCGCCGAGUUCAACGAGCAGGGCGAGAGGGUAGUAAAGCAGGCCGAAUUGAACGAGCAUUCGGCAAACCUGAAGCCACCGAAGAUUGAGCGGGUAACGAUGGCGUUCGGUGACUCGAACGAAGAGGAGGAAGACGUGGUACUGACGAAGGAACAACUUGCCCAGCAGCUGAACGCAGACGAUGGAGCAUUUCGGCGCAAUAAGCGUGGCUAUUCGUCGUCGUUCGAUCAUUCCUCAAGCCAGCAACACCACGGCCACGGUUAUUAUGGUGGAUACAAUGUGCGGCCGUCUUACUACAACCAACCAUCUCCGCCGGGUGCUUAUUACGGUUACUAUCGUGGCAAGCGAAACACAAACCCACCCGACAGCAAUCUCGUGAACCUAGACGAUCCCAUCCAGGAGGCUUCGAUGAGAGCGAUCGCGACUGAAGCGAUCCAGCGCCUGGACCAGAUGGAUUCGGAUCCGUACCAGCGAAUGCUGCUCGAGGUGCUCGACGCUCGCCGGGUAGCGCAACGAUCGGACAAAAGUCGAACGACGUACGUGCUGAGCGUGCUGACGGCCAACUCGCGCUGUGCGGAAGUGGAGGAGGAGAAGGAGAGCAAAGUUACGGAGCGGCCGUGCCGGGAGCGGCUGAUGCCGGACACUACGAAACAGUGUACCCUUGAGGUACAUGUAUUGAAAGCGAAUACGGAUGACUCCCAACAGGUACAGCUUACUAAAUCUAAAUGUCAAAAACAGGUUAACAGUUUAGGUGGCAGGCUCGUCGGUGGUGCAACGCCCGUGGACGUGAAGGAACCGACGCACAUCGAGCGCGUGCGUCUGGGAUUGGUUGGAUACGAGAGUGGAAAGCAUAGCAACUUCGAGAUCCUGUUCGGCACGGUCCAGGUAGUGGCGGGCACCAUACACCGCUACAAGAUCGCGCUGAAGGAUGACGACCAAAAGGUGUACAGUACGUGCGAUGUGAAGGUGUUCACUCCGCUUCCGUCCGCCGCAAAUGGCAGCAAGCCGGACUACGAUUUCGAUUGUCAGGAGGAGGAGGAGGCAGCAGCAGCCGCUGGUGCCCAUCGCGCGCGACGUGAUGUGGUGGCGGCACCGCCGAAAAAGCUCAACAAGGUACCGAAAGCCGGCGCUGCCCAGGAACUGACGCCCGAGGAGUACGCCAAGGAGGAACAUCAAACGCGCGUCCGCACCGGUCUGCAGCAGCAGUCGGCACUGGUCGAUGGCAGCGGCAACGAGCGGAAGGUGAAGAUUGUCGGCGCAACGGUGCAGCUGGUCGCCGGCAAAUCGUACACCUACCGUCUGUCCUUCCCGGACGACGAGCUGAAGCGCGUCUGCAAGCUGACCGUGUGGGAGAAGCCCUGGCUGAAGGAGAAGGCCCCGCAGGAAGCGUUCAAGGCGUCGUUCGAGUGUCCGGACGGUGCGAAGCGUACCAAGCGUGCAACAGUGGGAGUCGACUGUCUGGGCUGUGCGUCACCGCUGGCGGCCAAUGAGUAUGGCAACAGCGAGCAUCAGGAGCGCAUCAACAAGAUUCUUUCCUUCCACGGGCUUACGCGCGGAAACUCGCUGAAGGUCAUCAAUGCGACUAGCCAGGUCGUGGCCGGUAUGAAGUACGUCUACUUCAUCCAGCACAACAAUGCCGUCUGCAAGCUGACGUCGUGGGAGCGUGUCUGGUUGGCCCAGUCGCAUCCGGAGGAUGCUUACAAGUACACGUACGACUGCGAAAAGGAGGCGGGUCCGACGAAGGCACGCACCCGGCGCUCAGUCGUCCCCGGUGGAUCCCGUUCGCUGUCGCAGGAUGAGCUUGCGGCUGACGAGCACGUGGAACGUGUGGACAAGAUUUUGGUUUCGAGCGGUGGAUCGAAGGAAUCGUCUAAUGCCCGGAUUGUGAGCGGAACCGUGCAGAUAGUGUCCGGCAAGCUGUACAAAUAUGCCGUCGAGUUUGACGUGGACGGAAGCAGCAAGCUUUGCAAGCUGUCCUCCUGGGAACGGCCAUGGCUGGAGAAGAAGGACCCGACGGAAGCGUACAAGUACACCGUGUCCUGUCCGAGCGAAAAGGCUGCGGCCCGUCAGCGCCGACACGCGAAGAAAGCGGGCAGCUCCAACGAACUGACGGCGGAAGAGCUGAAGGACAAGUCGCACGUGGAGCGCAUCAGAGCCGGCAUGGUGUCGUACAAUUCGGAGCGUUCGAAAGCGUACAAUGAGUUUGAAAUUCUGGCUGGAUCGACGCAACAGGUCGCCGGUUCCCUGUACAAGUACACCUUCCGCGUGACGAGCGAACCGGACAUUGUGUGCAAAAUAUCCAUCUGGGAGCGCGUCUGGUUGGAGUCGCAGGAUCAGCGCAAGUACAACGUCAAAUGUACCGGUGACGACGACACGGAACAGCAACCGGAUAUCAAAAGCCCCCAGCAGCCAGAUGCGCCGGCACCAACGCCGGUCACCACCGCCCCGUCCGUAAAGCGCCGAUCGGUGCGAUCGCUCAAGAUCGACGACGAUGCGCACGUGCGUCGGAUGUUCGAUAAGUUCAGGCACCAUCAUCGCCGUCAGUACGCCAGCUCGAUGGAGCACGAGAUGCGCUUCAACAUCUUCCGCAACAAUCUGUUCAAGAUCGAGCAGCUGAACAAGUUCGAGCGCGGUACGGCCAAGUACGGUGUGACCAAGUUCGCCGACAUGACGGUGGCCGAGUAUCGGGCGCACACGGGGCUAGUGGUGCCGAAGCACGAUCGCGCCAACCACGUCGGCAACCGGGUGGCAUCGGAGGAGGAUGUGGCCGGGGUGGGCGAUCUGCCGCGGUCGUUCGAUUGGCGCGACCACGGUGCGGUAACGGAGGUGAAGAAUCAGGGCAGCUGCGGCUCGUGCUGGGCGUUCAGUGCGGUCGGCAACGUGGAAGGGUUGCAUCAGAUCAAAACGAAGAAGCUGGAAUCGUACUCGGAGCAGGAGCUGAUCGACUGCGACAAGGUGGACAAUGGAUGCGGCGGUGGCUACAUGGAUGAUGCUUUCAAGGCUAUUGAGCAGCUGGGUGGGCUGGAGCUGGAGAACGACUACCCGUACGAAGCGAAGGCACAAAAGUCGUGCCAUUUCAACCGCUCGCUUAGCCACGUGCAGGUGAAGGGUGCCGUCGAUAUGCCGAAGAACGAAACCUACAUUGCGCAGUACCUGAUCAAGAAUGGUCCGAUCGCGAUCGGGCUGAACGCGAACGCGAUGCAGUUCUACCGCGGCGGCAUAUCGCACCCGUGGCAUCCGCUGUGCAACCACAAAUCGAUCGACCACGGUGUGCUGAUCGUGGGCUACGGCAUCAAGGAGUACCCGAUGUUCAACAAGACGCUGCCGUACUGGAUCAUCAAGAACUCGUGGGGUCCGAGGUGGGGCGAGCAGGGUUACUAUCGCAUCUAUCGCGGUGACAACUCGUGCGGCGUUAGCGAAAUGGCCUCGUCCGCUAUACUAGCGUAGAGUGCGUAGAAGUGUGUAUGAGUUUGCGCGCGUGUGUGUGUGUAUGGGUGCGUUUUUACUGCGUACCGUCUAUUUUACCAACUCUUUGAAAUUUUAUACCCUUUUUUACUUUGCAUGUGUAUCAAGGUUUUAAAAAUACUCUAAUUUUCCGAAGAACAAAUAUACAGAGCUGUACAAAAUCGGA